CCUCUGCCGCCUCUCACUCGUUGCCCGCCAUGCGCUGCCGAAGCAUCGUGCUUGCAUGCUUGGCCUCUGCUGCCACGGCCGUGGCCAGCCAUCUGACGCCCCUGGCGCUCCUUGAGGCGCCCCGGCCCGGCGACGCGCUUGCCUCGCCCGACGGACGGCAGGCCGUCAUCGCGGUGGCCGAGCACAACGUCAAGCGCGGCAGCGGCGGCUCGUCCAUCUGGAGCGUCGCCGUGCCAGCUGCCGGGCACGGCGCUGCGGCCAGCAAAGGCGCCGUCGAAGUCGUGCGGAAUGCGUCUGCGGCGCUCUGGCUCUCCAACACGACGCUCGUGACGCUGCGCGGAGCGACCCUCUACGCGAAGUCGUCGCUGCGCAGCAACUGGGCGGACGCGGGCUUCAAGGGCGUGCGCAUCGGGGCCCUGCCCGUGGAACCGACUUCCUGGCGUGUGCUACUGCACGACCACGGCGCGACCAUCGUCUUUAGCGCUGCCGUCUACGACGACGGCGACCUGCGCAACGUGGAGUCGUACGAGAGCAGCGCAGAGGGCCAGGAGUGGGAGCACGCCAAGAUCUACGAGACGACCUUUGUGCGGCACUGGGACAAGUGGCUGCGCCCGGGCAAGCGCACGCAGCUCUUUGCCAUCGAUCUCAAGAAGCGCGGCAAGGGCCGCAAGGAGCGCUGGAGCCUCGCCGGCAAGGAGAGGCCGCUCAUGAAGGGCACCGGCCUUGAGGCGCCCGUCGCGCCGUUCGGCGACGAGAAGGACUACUCCCUUGGCCUUGCCCCCGACGGCACUGCGUAUGCGGCCUUUACCGCCAAGGACCCGUCGGUCAAUCCCGCGUGGCACACACGGCAGCAGAUCUACACUGUGCCGCUCGCAGGCACAUCUCAGCCGCAGCAGAUCUCGCGCGGCGGUCUCGGCGCGACAUCCUCGCCGGCCAUCUCGCCGUGCGGCUCCAAGGUGGCCUACCUUCAGAUGGCGCGCGACGGAUUCGAGGCAGACGUGCGCCGCGUCAAGGUCACCACGCUCGCCUCCAACGAGACAGUCACGCUUCUGGGCGCCUGGGACCGCAGUCCGGCUCAAGUCGCGUGGUCAGCGGACGGCCACACCCUGCUCGUCGUCGUCGAGGAGUACGAGCAGGAGAAGCUUCUCUCCCUGCCCCUGGCCGAGCUCUUCUCGCCCGAGGCGCAGGCGGGCGAAACGCUGGUGCCUUUGGUGCGCGAUGGCGGCGUGUCAUCCGUGCAGCCGCUGCAGGACGGCCGGACCCUCCUGACGCGCAGCAGUCUCCGCGGCCCGACCGAGGUGUACACGGCGUCCGCCGGCGAGGAUCCGGUGCAGCUGACCGACUUCAAGGGCGCGAGUCGGGCUCUGGCUGGCGUCGACCUGGGCCCGCUGCCCCGUCGCUUCAACUACGUCGGCAUGGAGGGUCGCGAGGCGUACGGCUGGACGGUGCCGCCGCCGGGCUACAGCGAGGACAAAACCUACCCGCUCUUGACACUCAUCCACGGUGGCCCGGAGGGCGCAUGGACAAACUCCUGGAGCACGCGCUGGAACCCGAGCGUGUUCGCGGCGGCCGGCUUCUUUGUCAUCACGCUCGAUCCAGCGGGCAGCACCGGCUUCGGGCAGAAGUACCAGGAGGGCAUUCUGGGCGCCUGGUCGACGCGGGCCUUUUUCGACAUCCGGGCCGGCGUCCGACACAUCCUCGACACGCACCCGAACCUGGACCCGGAGCGCGUCGUUGCGGCUGGCGCGUCAUUUGGCGGGUACAUGAUCAAUCUCAUCAACGGCCGCAACCAGGACCAGCUGUUCAAGGGCCUCGUGUGCCACGACGGCGUCUUCAGCACGCUCUCCACCUGGUACUCCACCGACGAGCUCUACUUCCCCGAGUUUGAGUUCGGCGGCGUGCCGUGGGAGGCGCGUGACGCAUACCUCGCGGCGAGCCCAGAGCAGUACACCGACCGCUGGGCCACGCCGCAGCUCACCAUCGCCGGCGGCAAAGACUUCCGCCUGCCGGAAUCCGAGGGCCUGUCUGUCUUCAACGUCCUGCAGCGCCGCGGCGUGCCUUCCAAGCUGCUCUACUUUCCCGACGAGAACCACUGGGUCAUGAAGCCGCGCAACUCUCUGGUGUGGCACCGCGAGGUGCUUGCGUGGCUGCUCAAGUACAGCAACGCGACCGCGCCGGCUGCGGGCGAGGAUCACGCGCCCGCGGCAGCCGGCUUGACAUUCCAGUGA